AUGUUAAAGAGAGUGUUAUCACGAUCCUACACGACAAUUGAUCGAUGGAAUAGUAUAAUUACCACGAUAGAGUCUACAGGUGGGAAAUACAAAUAUGUAGCUAAGGACAAUAUCUUACACAAGGGUUUAACUACAUGUGCAUCGGAGAUUUUGAGUAAUUUCGAAAGUCCUUAUGAUGCUACAGUAAUUGAAUUACUUAACAAAGAUAUGGAUUUGAUUGGUAAGGCCAACUUAGAUCAAUUCGGUAUGGGUUCAGCUACUGCUAAUACUAUCUAUGGUACAGUUAUAAACCCAUUAUUUGAAGAUGAUGAUUAUAUUACGGGAGGUUCUUCUGGAGGUUCGGCUGCAGCUGUAGCUGCAAAUUUAUGUGACUUUUCUUUAGGUACCGAUACUGGGGGGUCAGUUAGAUCACCUGCUAGUAAUUGUGGAUUAUAUGGAUAUAAACCUAGUUAUGGGAGAAUUUCUCGUUGGGGAGUAAUUCCUUAUGCUCAAAGUUUAGAUACUGUAGGUAUAAUUACUCGAGAAAUGAAUGUUAUGAAAGAAGUGUUCACUAUUCUUGACCAAUAUGAUGAUAAAGAUCCUACAUCCAUGCCUCAAGAUAUUAGAGACAAAGUUGCAAAAGCUGUUGAGGUCAGAAAUCGGGAAAGAAAUGGGAAAUAUGUUUUUGGAAUCCCUGAAGAAAUUAUUGUUGAAGAAUUAACUGAUGAGGUUAAAUACAAGUUAUCUUUGGUUAUAGAGAAGUUACUUGAUUUAGGUCAUACCGUGGUUCCAGUUUCAGUACCAUCAAUCAAAAAACUGAUUUCUACAUAUUAUGCUAUAGCUACGUCUGAAGCUUCAUCGAAUUUUUCAAGAUUAGAUGGUAUUAGAUAUGGUAAAGAUCAUAAUUUUGAAGGAGGUGAUGAAACUAUUAGAGGUAACAGAAGUAAAGGAUUUGGAGAAGUUGUAAGAAAGAGGAUCGUACUUGGUAAUUAUUCAAUUUCUGCAGAUUCAGGGGAUUUUUAUUCUCGAGCAGUUGAAGUUCGUCAACAAAUUCUGAAAGAAUUUAAUGAAAUCUUUUACUUACCUCAUCAAAUGACCAAUCCUGAUGGUUUGUUUGAAGACCCUAGUAAAGUUGAUUUCUUGGUAACUCCAGCAACUAUUAAUAAACCACUUAAAAUAAGUGAUUAUAUAAAAAUGGAAGAAAAUUCCAUGGAUGAAUUAACAAAUGAUAUUUUAUCAUUACCAAUGUCAUUGGGAGGACUUCCAGCGGUUUCUGUACCCAUCAAAGAUAAAGGUUUGGAUAUUUCUACCCAAGGUAUUCAAAUCAGUGGUCAAUAUGGAGAUGAUUAUAGUGUGUUAGAUAUGGGAGAUAAAAUCAUAAAAGAGAUGAAUAUGUAA